AUGACCCUCUUUUUCGCGUUUCUCCUCGCAUUUUCAGCAACAACAGCCAUCGCUAUCCUGCCGGUGUGCACAAAAUGCCCAACUGGAGGGAUUUGGUCUGUUUGGCGCGAUGCGUCGAGGUGUUCAAAAACUUGUGGUUUACACGGUGAAAAGACGCAGAAGAGGAAUUGCACGUCGGCGAAAUUCGGAUGCCUGUGUCUUGGUUCCACAUCGCGUGUGGUCCCGUGCCCGGUGAGUCUCUGCGGCUUCGGCACGGCUUCGUGUGCUUCCGGCUAUUCGAAGUGGCUGAACAAAGCGGCCGGCAAAUGGUUGUGUGGCAAUGUGACUAGAGCUGAUGACUACAAGGCACCAAAAUGCAGAAUAACGAAAUUUCUUGGCUCGACGACCACUCGAAAGCCGGCCACGACUCAGUCAUCGAGCACCACCACCACCACCACCCAAACAACCACAACAACCCCAACAACCCCUACCACGCCCCCGGUCACUGGACUGCCU